AUGGCUUUGCCCUGUGAGCAGUCCACGUUGAAGAAAGAAAUUGUGCGAAUCAAUGAAUGUGGGAUUCUUGGUGACGCCUGGAGGAAUUAUAUCGACAGAAAAAAUAAAAUUUUGCAGUUUCUUGGGCAGAAUUUGAAUGCGGACCUCUUGAGGCGCUACAAAACAAGAUUUGAACUUCUGAAGAAAUGCUCUUAUUAUAUAGAUGUUUUACCCAAAUAUUUAACAUUAGGAGACCAAAGUCAGCUUCAGCCCGAGGUACUCUACCAGCUGAUUGAUCCAGGCAAAUUUCUACGGAUGAAAAAAAUAGGCACCAAUCAGGUCAAAAUCCAGCUCCUCUUACUGAAGGAGUAUCUGAGCGAGCUGAAAUGUGGUCGCGAAGAGUUAAAGAUCAUCACAAAGAUAUCGGACGUGACCAUGUUUCUUUUGCAUUGGAACACAACCUGUGCUAGGCUGGGACUUCUCUCCAACACAUUAAAGAACUUCAUUUCAAUCCUCAUCCCCAGCAAACUUCACGUAAAGCACCACCUCACGAGCGAUGCAAAGUCAAACAAAAUACCUCAGCUCAGACUGGUUCUCAGGACCAAGAUGCCCGUUGUGUUUGAUCGAAAAGAAUCAGUCGCUUCUCAGAAUUCGGUGGCACUGAAGUGGUUUAUCCUUGGGGAACCCGCACUUCAUGAACAGUACGAACUGAAAUAUAAACUAGUGGAAUCCAACUGCUGCAGCGGGAAGGACCGGUGUGGCGUUGUUGCUGUAACGUCAAACAACGCUGAGAUCAGUGACCUCCUGCCCGACAGUUCGUAUGAGUUUACCAUUGCACGAGCAGAAAAUUACGCAGUUGUUUAUUCAAUAUGGUGUGACGCUUUGAUCCUGAAAACAAAGGCAGCAGUUUGUCCAGAAUAUCUUGAUAAUGAAAUGUGCUGAUUCACAUAGAAAUAUUGCAAUAGGCAUUUUAAGCUGAUAAAUGCUAAAUCAAGUAUCAGUCUCUGGUCCACC